UUGAUGGAGUCUACAUCUAAGCUGAAAGACUCUUUUUGAGCUACAACAGUUUUCAGAAGCCCAGGAUGUCUCACCUGAAAGAUGGACCAUGUCUUAAAUCUUCACAUAGUUAUUUUACUGGUGGUGUUUGUCCUCCUUCUCUCAGCACCCUGUUUUGAAGGUCUGGUGCAUGUAGUUGGUCCGUCUCAGCCAAUAUUGGCAACAGUUGGUGAUGAAGUCAUUUUACCGUGCCAGCUGGAACCUGCCAAAAAAGCUUCAGGCAUGACCGUAGAGUGGGCAAGAUCUGACCUGAACCCAAGAUUUGUUUACGUGUGGCGUGACGGUGUGGAACUGGAAAGUAAAACACAUCCGUCAUACAAAAGAAGAACUAAAGUGUUCCCUGAUGAACAGAAGAUCGGAGACGUUUCCCUGAAUCUCUCCAAAGUGAAACUUUCUGAUGGGGGAACAUAUAAAUGCUUCAUUCCAGGACAUGGUGACGCGUUAAUUCAGCUUGUUGUUGGUGAUGUUAACUCACCUUUCAUAGUGAGUAUUAACAUAUCCUCUAGUGGAGUUAUUCUACAGUGUGAGUCUGAAGGCUGGUAUACAGAACCUGAGGUGUUGUGGCUGGACAGUGAGGGAAACCUCCUCUCUGCUGGACCUACAGAGACAGUCAGAGGUCCUGAUGAUCUCUAUACUGUCAGCAGCAGAGUGACUGUGGAGAAGAGACACAGCAACAGCUUCACCUGUAGAGUCCAACAGAAGAACAUCAACCAGACCAGAGAAACACACAUUCAGAUUGCAGGUUCAAAUAUGAAAGGGCUGAAGCCCCCACUGCCAAAUCCCUUUACAGAAAAAAAACAUUUAGCUAUACUUACACCUUUACGAGUUGUGGGUCUGUUAAUGUAAAGUUUGUCCUUAGGUUGGUGCUAGAGGAAAGUAUUAAGAGAAAUUACGGUGCUCAAAGAGGGAGGCUCAUUCAUUACAAUGUAAGUUGCUCACUGGAAGCCAUUAACAAGAAAAGGUAUCAGGCUUUCUCGAGAGUAUUCUGAUAAUAAUAAAGGACUUCAAUUCUAACAGGCCGAAAUUGGUGCAAAGCUCGGCCCUGUACCUUAGGGGACUUGUUCUUCCUAAUUGGGGCAUAAACAUGCUCAAUACAUUUCAUGGCAGUUUGCCUAUUAGGUUAUGAGAUAUAACAGCAGAUGGUGACAAAAGAGAAAAGGUCAAAGGGUCACCAAAGUCACUGAGAUUUAUCCUCCUGGGGACCAUGAAUAUCUACACCAGAUUUUACAAUAUUUGUCAAGAUUUUCUUACUUACCUUGCAUGGCAGCUGGAUGCUCUUGAUUUCACAAGAUCAAGCAAGAAACGCAUAUCACUCCACAUCACACAAGAAUCCAUCUUGUCAAGUUUCAAGUAAUGUGUUUGUGUCCAGCGAGGAGCUACUGGUAGAUAGGACUAUGGUUUACGUGUGUGAAGGCUACCACAGUUUGUUAAAAACAACAAUGAAGUGAUAGACAGAUGAUUUAUCCUAUCAUCUGCCAGGUAUUUUUUGAAAGUGCCUGCCCUUUGCAGUAACAGUUUCCAAUAACUUAGAUGGUUCUGUGAAACAAACCAUCUCAGGUCAGGUUAGAGAUAUCCUGCUCUGGACGAAGGUAUUGGACAGACAAACUAACAGGACUUUGUUAGCUGCUAAUCACAUAAAUAUUUUCUAAUUUAAUGAAAUUCUCACUUUGAUAGUUUGAAAGAACUGAUGUGCAGUUUGACUUAAGUGACGAUUGGUUCUGUGUUUUUAUCAUUUCAGCUGAUUUCUUCACGGUGCCACCAAGUUCAUCUGUUCGUUUCAACAUUGGUGUUAUUGCUUUGGUUAUUUUCUUUUUGUGUAGA